AUGCGUUUAUGGAAAAGUGAAGAAACCGAAUAAGCGUGUGUCUCAAACUUAAAGAAUCUUCACGAUUACAUUCAUUUAGGUCAAGUCGUCAAGUUAAAUAAGUGUGAGUUGAAUACUUGAACAACGGAUCAACUAAGUAUGACUGACACAGAGACAAGUGAUCAUCCGAAAUGGUUGUUAGAAUUAGAAAAUCGAAAGAGAAAGCCUCGAUUGGCACACGAAGCUGGAGCAGGAGCUUCUUGCGUGAUAUGCAAAGAUACAUGUCCAGGUUUGGAUUUACAUUUUUGGAGAAAAACUUGUAAAAACUGUAAAUGCAGCAAAGACGAUCACGAUGUGAUCGACGAAGAUUUUCCACAAUUUGAUCUGCUGUUUGGAUCGUCCAAGAAAUAUAAGAAAAAAUCAACGUUAUUACAUAUACAUAAUCGAAAGGAUCAGGUGCAAGAGGCGUUCGAAUGGAUUCCACCGGAUACAACGAAAGAAAUUGCUGCAGAAUAUAUGAAAGCUUUACCUGUAGAGAAACUACCCAUCAAAGGGUCAGCAGGUGCAGCCUUGAGAAGACAGUUAUUGCAAAAGCAGUUGCCGCUUCAUGAUAUAGAUUAUGAAGUUUGUGAUAAAUUAAGCGACCAAGAGAAGAAACAUUUUGAAAAGUAUUUGGAAAAUAUAAAGAAAUACGUAGGUCAAGGGGCAGUGACAAAGAUGCUAAGUGCUCGGCCGUUCGAUCUUUUGUUAAUGACACCUGCUAAUGCCACCGAUAUGCAACUCUACGAUCCACAGAAUAAGCACGACGUACAAACUACCAUAGUUCAAUUACGUACACCAAGUAGUUUCAUGUCCAAAACACCGUAUAAAAAAGAUUUACACGCAAAGUUGAACAACUAUGAAUCACUGUUGCCUGUCUCAGCAACAUUAAAUAAUUCCAGCAUGAUUCCGAUUCGUGAGAAAUGUAAUAAAAUUAGUAGUAAUUGCGAAAUAGCAAAGUCAGAACCGGUUAAGAUCGGAGUAUAUAAUAAGGGUGUUUUUAUGCUUGAUUCUCAAAAAGUCAAUACUAAUUAUGACAAUACUACACGCGAAGAAAUUUUAACGGCCAAUGAUUUAGAUUCCGACGUAACACUUUCACAGAACUCGCUGGAAUAUUUCGAAGAAUCAAGUAAAUUUAAGAAUCUAUCUAUUUCUCCCUCACAUUCGAAAUCACUGGUUGAUGAUACCCAUAUUGCAGAAUCUAUAUUAGCAGAUGCAUUACUUCCACCUAGUGUAGUACAUUCCAAUGACAUAAUUGGUAGUACAUUAGAUCAAAAGGAUUUGAUGUUUAUACGAGAGAAGCUUACAAACAAGUAUGGUAAUCAAGGAAAUCAUCGAACGCAAAUGCCAUGUAGUGUACCCAGUUUUGCAAGAGAUUUUGAUGCCAAUAGUUCAUUGAAAAAUGACGUUACGUCGCAAAGUAUAAAUAGUGAUAACGAGAAUGAUGUAAAAGCUGUUAUUUCUAUUACAAAAUAUCCAUCCAGUGUAUCGGCGCUGUCGCAAAACAAUAUUCAAGAUCAAAGACAGAAUUCAAUGGGAAAAAAGGCUAUUGAAACGAAGGAAAUAGAAGCAAAAAAUGAAGCAGUAAGAACUAUGUCACAAAGUCUUCAGUCAACUCCGCUCGAUACAAUGGUGUCGCACUUUGAUUUAACGGAAAAUACGUCUACACCGGAUCCACUGUCUCAAACGUGUACACAAUAUUCUAACUCGAGCAACCAUCAAGCAAAAUUAAACAACUUUACAAUACCAUCUACUAUCAUUAAUUCCGAGAAAUUACGUAAUCAUGUAUUUCCCUGUCAAAGUACUGUUUAUGGUGUUAGCACAAACACAAACCAAACAGGACACCUAACAGGUACGAUGGAAAAUCUAACAAAGAAUUCUGCUAAGCAACAGAAAUGUCAUGGUUGCGAAGAAAUAAUACGUGUCGGGGAUGUGGCUGUAAUUGCGGAAAAAGCUAAAAACGCUAUGUGGCACCCUGGAUGUUUCGUUUGCCAUACAUGUAACGAAUUAUUAGUAGAUUUAGUAUACUUCUAUUAUAAAAAUAAAUUAUAUUGUGGAAGAGAUUUGGCAUCGCUUAUGGGGAUUCCUAGAUGUUUCGCCUGUGAUGAGCUUAUUUUCUUACGGGAGUAUACUGUUGCGGAAGGGCACAACUAUCACGUAAAACAUUUUUGUUGUUGGGAUUGCGAUAUUCCUUUAGCUGGGAAACAAUAUACCACAGAAAAUGAUCGUCCAUUGUGUCUUCCAUGCUAUCAAAGGACAUAUGCCAAAACAUGUAGCAUGUGCAACAAUGUAAUUGCUGCGGAUCAACAAGGUGUUGCUCUGAAAGAUUUAAAUUUUCAUGCGACAGGAGUUUGCUUCUGCUGUUAUAUUUGUAAAAAGAAUUUACUACAAGCACGAACAGCAAUUAAAGAUAAGAAAUUAUUCUGCAGUAAAGAAUGUAUUGCAAUGUUCCUGCGGCCAACAACAUAACCAUUACUUUAUCUUUUAUUAUUUUAUUUUACUAACUAAAUGCAAGAAAAGAAUAUAUAUGAAUAAACAUUUUUAUACAAUUUUUUAGACAUUUUUAUACAUUUUUCAACAUAUUCAGAAUGUCGUUAUAAAUUGUGACAUUUAUAAGCUAUAUUUAAACUGUAUUUAGUAAAAACGUUUAUUUUAAUUAUACAUAAUUUGUAUAUUCACAAUUUUUGACAUUAUUAAAAUAUAUUAUUACUAAAA